AUGUCAAAACCACCCAAACCCCUCCCUCCCCCCUCCCAAAGUUUCACCAACCGCAAAACCAAAAUCUUGUCUGCGCUCUCCGUCCCAGACGCAGAAUACACCGACCUCUCGCCCAAAGGAUCCGUCGAUGUCGGAAUCCGCGACCUCAUCGACGAAAUCAACGCCCGGGAAGGGCUCGUGACAACAAGCAGUUGUGCGGGCAGAGUCAGCGUUUACCUCGAAGGCCGCUCUACUGGUACCUCUCCACAAGAUGAGCGGGAGGAAGCAGCAACAGCGGGAGGGGUGAGGAGUUCGAGUGCUGGGGGGAAGGGAGGCGGGGAGUGGCUGUUUGUCAGCCAUGAUCCCAUCUCUUCGUUGCCGCCUGGACAGCUGGAGCGGGGGUAUGAAUCGUUGUUUGGGUUGGUGUCGUUGCAGGGUCAGGAAGGGGGAGAGGGUGACGAGAAGGGGAGAAUGGUGCACUUCAAGUUUGAGCCCAUGAUUUUACAUGUAUUAACGGCAUCACACUCCCACGCCCAAAAGGUCAUCCAGGCGGGCAUGGAGGCUGGCUUUCGAGAGACGGGCGCCGUGAGCUUACUUUCACGACAGGACGACGACCACAACCCUGUUGUUGCUGUCAGGUCGAUGGGGUUGAGUUUUGAGAGCUUGAUCGGGGUGGAAGGUACGGAUGGGGUGAGGAGGGCGGUGGUUGGGAGGGGGUACUUGGACCGGGUGGUGAGAAAUAGUGAGAAGUUGUUCAAGGAGAAUGAGAGGCGGAUUGGGAGGUUUAGGGAGGCACUGAAGGGGUGGUUUGAGGAGGGACCUAAAAAGAAGGAUGGAUGGGAGGAUGCAGACGCAAGGAGGGAGAGGAAGCGGUCGGAGGGGCUGAGGAGAAAACAGGAACUUGAGAAGGGGAAGCAGGAGACGACUGAAAAGGAGCAGCAAAGUGAGGAGGGUGGUAUAGGAAUCAUACUUGAGCCUCCUGAGGUUCUGUAA